GGAGGCUGCCGGCUGCGGUAGGGCCGGGCGCAGCGGCCGUGCGGGCGCGCUAUGGACUUCAACAUGAAGAAACUGGCGUCGGACGCGGGCAUCUUCUUCACCCGGGCAGUGCAGUUCACAGAGGAGAAGUUUGGCCAGGCAGAGAAGACUGAACUUGAUGCUCACUUUGAAAACCUUCUGGCCCGGGCGGACAGCACCAAGAACUGGACUGAGAAGAUCCUGAGGCAGACGGAGGUGCUGCUGCAGCCCAACCCCAGUGCCCGAGUGGAGGAGUUCCUGUAUGAGAAGCUGGACAGGAAGGUCCCCUCGCGGGUCACCAACGGGGAGCUGUUGGCUCAGUACAUGGCAGAGGCAGCCAGCGAGCUGGGGCCCACCACGCCCUAUGGGAAGACACUGAUCAAGGUCGCAGAAGCUGAAAAACACCUGGGAGCUGCAGAGAGGGAUUUUAUCCACACGGCCUCUAUCAACUUCCUCACACCCCUGCGCAACUUCCUGGAAGGGGACUGGAAGACAAUUUCGAAGGAGAGGAGGCUCCUCCAAAAUCGGCGUCUGGACCUGGAUGCUUGCAAAGCACGGCUGAAGAAGGCCAAGGCUGCAGAAGCCAAAGCCACGUGUGAGGGAGAUACGGUGCCUGACUUUCAGGAGACUAGACCUCGUAAUUACAUUCUCUCAGCCAGCGCCUCUGCGACUCUGGAUGACACUUCCCGCCCUCCUCCUUGGGCCGAGUGGAAGGAGAAACAUCCUGGAGGGUGGAGACUGCCCUGUUUUUUUCUUUUGCCACUGAACCCCAGUGUGACUCAGGCACGAGGCUGCCUUUCUCUGCCGGAGGACAGAAAGCUCUGGAAUGAUGAGGUGGACAAGGCUGAGCAGGAGCUCCGAGUGGCCCAGACAGAGUUUGACCGGCAGGCAGAAGUGACCCGUCUGCUGCUGGAGGGAAUAAGUAGCACUCACGUGAACCACCUUCGCUGCCUCCACGAGUUCGUCAAGUCUCAGACAACCUACUAUGCACAAUGUUACCGCCACAUGUUGGACUUGCAGAAGCAACUGGGCAGAUUCCCAGGCACCUUCGUGGGAGCUUCAGAGCCUGCCUCCCCGCCCCUGAGCAGCACCUCGCCCACCACCACUGCAGCCACUAUGCCAGUGGUGCCCUCUGUGGCUGGCCUGGCCCCUCCAGGGGAGGCUGCACUCUGCCUGGAGGAGGUGGCGCCCCCUGCCAGCGGGACCCGCAAGGCCCGGGUGCUCUACGACUAUGAAGCGGCUGACAGCAGUGAGCUGGCCCUGCUGGCUGAUGAGCUCAUCACUGUCUAUAGCCUCCCUGGCAUGGACCCUGACUGGCUUAUUGGCGAGAGAGGCAACAAGAAGGGCAAGGUCCCCGUUACCUACUUGGAACUGCUCAGCUAGGCAGCCCCCCUUCCCUGCCAGGCGCCUGCUCAUUCUGGCCUGGGCAGGAGAGGGUGGAUGCAGCCCUGCCACUUAUCUUGUCUGUUGGUGACACAGCUGCUCAGGGUGGGGAGACCCCAUUCUGUCCAUGCCCUGGUCAUCCAGCCAUAAGGGAGCCCAAGAGGCUGAAUGGUCCCUGCCUCUCCCCCAGCCCUGCUUCUGACCUGUGGUUCUGGAGCCCCCACCCCGCCUGCAUCCCCUGAGCACCCCAGCCUUGCCAGCUCCUGCUAAGGAGAUAGGGCCUGGCUGUAGCAGCUGUGCUCAUCACCCAGGCCAGCGUGGGGCAGCUGUAGACUGGCCUAGGAAGCCCUGGGCACGCCCUGGGCAAGAAGAGAGCACCUGCCUCUUAGUUGCCAAAAACAGAAGAGGGGAAAACGGUGAGGCAGGUAGGGCUCUGGCAGCCCCUGGCACUGGGUGCUGCCCUCCUAGGAGGGGAAACCCUGGCAGGAGCAUCUUCCCGGUGCUACCCUUUCCCCUCCCACCCCUCACAGCUCAAGCCAAGGAUGGUGGCUGCAGCCUUCACCUCUCCACAUUCACUUUUUAACUGAUAUUUUUACUUCUGCCUGUCUGCUUGCUCUCUAGCCAAUGAUGAAUAAUAAACCCUCCUUUGUGUGCGACUUG